AUGAGCACCACCGCCACCGCCACCGCCAUCCCCAUCCCUGACCUUGGUCAGCCGGCCUCCUCCGAGGAGAGCCCCGACUAUCUGGAGACCUCGCCCUCCUCCCAGAGCCUUGUGUCGGCCUACUCGUCGGCCAAGCUCAACGACGCGCCGCUGUACGCCGACGCCGGCGCCGGCCCCACGCCCAAGACGCUUCCCCCGGUCGGCAUGUCGCUCGACUCGCUGUCCUCGAUCGACACGUCCUCCUCGCAGCUGGAGGGCGGCCACUCUUCGGAUGACCACUCGGUCGAGACGCGACUUCGGCGAUGA